AUGUCCAUCGAUUCACUGUUACACACAAGCUUGGCCGUCGGGGCAGUCUAUCUAGCCAGCGUCGCGCUGUAUGAGCUGUAUUGGUCCCCGUUGGCCCAUAUCCCUGGUCCCAAGUUGGCGGCUUGCACGCGCCUUUAUGAGUUUUUCUAUGAUGUAGUUUGUGGUGGCCAGUACACCUUCAAGAUUGCCGAUCUGCAUAAGCAAUAUGGCCCCAUCAUUCGCAUUAGUCCCCGUGAAAUUCACAUCCACGACCCCAACUAUUAUGAGACGCUCUAUGCAACCAACAGUCCCCGAAACAAGGACCCCUGGUUCACCGCGCACUUUGGCGUGGAUGAAUCGGCCUUCUCUACCCUGGAUUAUCGGCUGCACCGAUCGCGGCGCGCCAUGAUCGCCCCAUUCUUUGCCAAAGCUCGCAUGGACGGGGCUCAGCCUUUGAUUAAGGCCAAUCUCGCCAAGCUAAUCCGCCACUUGGAUGCCCAUGCAAGUUCCCAGUCAGUCCUCAAGGUCGAGGUCGCGUACAAUUCCUUCACGGGUGAUGUCAUCACCGGGUACAGCAGCUACCGAUCGUUCGAAUAUCUGGAGACAACCGACAUGGUUCCCAUCUGGAGUGAAACCGUCCGCAACUUGGUCGAGAGUGGGAUGCUGUCGCGUCAUCUGCCUGGAUUCUUUCCCCUCCUGGCAUGGGCUGGUUCGCGGUGUAUCGCGGCCGUAUAUCCGAAGUUGCUGCCAGUCAUAGCAUUUCGGAUGAAAUGCGCCCAGGAGGUGAACUUCAUGUGGACCAAUUCUGAGGAAGGCAAAAAGGAGGCCAUUCAGUCGGGAUGUUCGGAGCCAGCUCUGUUCCUAGAGUUGGUGAGUCGGGCUUCCUCCACUCCGGAUAUCACAGAGGAGCGCUUGUUGCAUGAAUUUAUCACCAUCGUCGCCGCGGGAACGGAGACUACCGCCCAUACUAUGACAGUCUGCACAUUUCACAUUGCCCACAAUCAAUCUAUCUUAGACAAACUGCGCGAGGAGCUGGAUAACAGAUUUCACAGCAAUGCCGACAUGGAUCUUCAGACUCUUGAGCAACUCCCAUACUUGACGGGGAUCAUCUAUGAAGGGCUACGACUCUCUUAUGGGCUAUCGCAUCGACUUCAGCGAAUCAGUCCCAUCGAUCCACUCAAGUACAAAGAUAUUGCCAUCCCCCCUAAUACCCCUGUUGGCAUGUCCUCUGCGUUAAUGCAUCAUGACGAAAGCAUUUUCCCGCAGUCGCACGAAUUCAUCCCAGAACGAUGGAUCGAUCCGAACGACCGAAGGAGACUGAAUAAAUACAUGGUAUCGUUUAGCAAGGGAUCACGCCAGUGUAUUGGCAUGAAUCUGGCUUUUGCAGAGCUCUAUCUAGGCAUAGCGACGCUGUUCCGCCGGUACGACAUGAAACUCCACGAUACGACUGUGGAUGAUGUCCAGCUACAUGGUGACAAGAUGCUGCCUCGCGCCAAAAAUGGCAGCAAAGGGGUUCGGGUGACCUUACAACGCGCUCAAAGCAUUGGUUAG